UCACCAAUUCCGCGAGUCACCAUUUCUAUUCUCCAAAUUCAGUACAAUCAAGAUCAAACUAUCUUAGAACAAUGUCCCCAGCUCUCUCUCUAUCACUCCCCAACGUCCCCGUAUCCAAACUCCGCGACAUUUCCAAAGACACCCACAUCCCAAAGAAAAAGCUCUCCCUAGAAAAUCCUCUGGAACCAAAACUAAACCGGAGAAAGCUCAUAUACUCCACAACUACCUUUGGAAUAACCCAGCAGGUUCUGAGUUCUGGUUGCAAGCCAGCAAAUGCAGAGCCGGAGUCUCCGGUUGAUGCAACUUCCAGCAGAAUGUCAUACUCCAGAUUCUUGGAGUAUUUGGAAGGUGGCUACGUAAAGAAAGUGGACUUGUUCGAGAAAGGGAACGUUGCGAUCGCCGAGAUACUCAAUCCCGCACUUGAGAAGAUUCAGAGGGUUAAAAUUCAGCUCCCAGGUUUGCCGCCGAAACUGCUGAGGAAGAUGGAAGAAAAGAACGUUGAUUUCUCUGUUCAACCGAUGGAGAUGAAUUGGAGCGAAGCUUUGCUUGAUCUUUUGGGGAACUUGGCAUUGCCACUGAUAUUGCUGGGAAGUUUUCUGUUGAGAUCGGGAGGUCCGAAUUCCCCUGGAGGACCCAAUUUGCCAUUUGGACUUGGCAGGAGCAAAGCCAAAUUCCAGAUGGAACCAAACACCGGAGUGACAUUCGACGAUGUCGCCGGAGUCGAUGAAGCCAAGCAAGAUUUUCAAGAAAUCGUUGAGUUCCUAAAAACCCCUGAAAAAUUCUCAUCGAUAGGCGCCAAAAUCCCGAAGGGGGUCCUCCUAACCGGGCCGCCUGGAACCGGGAAGACACUGCUGGCCAAGGCCAUAGCCGGAGAAGCAGGGGUGCCCUUCUUCUCCCUCUCGGGUUCGGAGUUCAUCGAGAUGUUCGUCGGCGUCGGAGCAUCGAGGGUCAGAGAUCUGUUCAACAAGGCGAAGGCCAAUGCGCCGUGUUUGGUGUUCAUCGACGAGAUUGAUGCAGUGGGAAGACAGAGAGGGACCGGGAUUGGCGGUGGAAAUGAUGAGAGGGAGCAGACUCUGAAUCAGUUGCUUACUGAGAUGGAUGGGUUUAGUGGGAAUACAGGGGUUAUUGUGAUUGCGGCGACGAAUCGGCCUGAGAUUCUCGACUCUGCUUUGCUGAGGGCGGGAAGAUUCGACAGACAGGUAAAUGUCGGGUUACCAGACGUGAGAGGAAGGGAAGAGAUCCUGAAAGUACACAGCAAGAACAAGAAGCUUGACACUCGAAACGUCUCCCUCAGCGUCAUCGCAAUGCGGACGCCCGGAUUCAGCGGCGCCGACUUGGCAAACCUGAUGAACGAGGCAGCCAUUCUCGCCGGCCGGCGAGGUAGAGACGUGAUCACGUCGAAAGAGAUCGAUGACUCCAUCGACAGGAUCGUCGCCGGGAUGGAAGGCACCGCGAUGACCGACGGCAGGAGCAAGAUGCUCGUCGCUUACCACGAGAUCGGUCACGCCGUUUGCGCGACGCUGACGGCCGGUCACGAUCCUGUUCAGAAAGUGAGCUUGAUCCCUCGCGGCCAGGCUCGGGGGCUGACGUGGUUCAUUCCGCAAGAUGAUCCGACUCUGGUUUCGAAGCAGCAGCUUUUUGCUCGGAUUGUUGGAGGGCUUGGUGGCAGAGCGGCGGAGGAGGUCGUAUUUGGGGAGCCGGAAAUCACCACCGGCGCGGCAGGGGAUCUUCUGCAAGUUACCCAGGUUGCUCGGCAAAUGGUGACGAUGUUUGGGAUGUCGGAGAUCGGGCCGUGGGCGCUGACGGAUCCGGCGGUGCAAAGCGGGGAUGUGGUGUUGAGGAUGCUGGCCAGGAAUUCGAUGUCGGAGAAACUGGCCGAGGAUAUCGACUCUGCCGUUCGCCGGAUAAUUGGGAAAGCUUACGAGAUUGCCAAGGAACAUGUAAGGAACAAUAGGGAAGCCAUUGACAAACUCGUGGAGGUGCUGCUAGAGAAGGAAACUGUUAGCGGGGAUGAAUUCAGGGCCGUUCUCUCUGAAUUUGCCGACAUUUCUGCCAACAGAGUCAAGACAUUGCAAGUUGUAGAAGCAGCCAAUACUUAAAGCCAUGCCCAUGUUAAUGAUAUCAUCCAGAACAGUCAGUUGACUGGAAAGUAGCUCACCACCAGUCGGGCCGAUAGGAAUAGGAUAUACAUUAAGAUUAUGGAAAUUUUGAUGUUAGUGAUGCAUAUCCAUACUAAACCCAGCAUUAUUCACAUGAAAUUAAUGUU